AUGACGUUGGCACAAUGGAACAGAGGCACGUCUGCCCGCACUAGCGGGACCCCCUUACAGGCAAUACACUGGACUUAUACAGCCACAGCUAGCCCCUUGUCAGGCAUGUUAGUGAUCGAGCGUGUCUCGAAUUCACUCAACGGGGUUCGAAUAUGCACAAACCGGUACAUUGUACCCACAUCCAGCCCACGGUCCUGCCAUGGCCUUGCUGCCCUGCCACUUGAUGACACUAAAAUUCAACGCGAACGCGGUACGAACUUUAAAGGGCAUUUAUUUGCUACAGUGCCUGCCUACCUUGGGUACCUAGAUAGUCAGUCUAGUCAGUUAGACGAUCCAAUACGUUGA